AUGGACUCUUCACGUCGUCGACCCUUUUCAUUCCACAUUGGCCGGUACAGUGACGAAAAUGACAUUACCUUGAGUGAUAGUUAUACCCCUCGGGUAGGUGAACCCCAACCGACAAACGAGCAAAGUGGUUCCUUACUUCAUCAGCGGUCUUGCACUCUGUCCCUCAACCCGUUCGCAGACCCAGCCCCCUUGAGCCAAACUACUCAACAACCCUAUGCAUGGGAUUCUGGAAUUAUGAUCCCUGGUAUAGACUCUAUGGAGUCACAAGAGCUACCUGAUCAUUUCAAAUUACACAACCUCUCCAACCAGGGCUCUGCGGUUGCCUCCUCCAAAGACUCGGGGCAUCGUCAUAAGACAAGUACCAUCCGCCGAUACACCACACGGCGAAUCAAACUCAUUCAAGGCUCAGUAUUGAGUAUAAACUACCCUGUCCCGAGUCCUAUUCGAAAUGCCAUUCAACCAGAAUAUCGGGAUGCAGAGGGAGAACUUUCUGAAGAGUUUACACAGAUGAGGUAUACAGCUGCAACAUGUGAUCCUGACGAAUUCACGCUGCACAAUGGGUAUAACCUACGCCCUUCAAUGUACAACAGACAUACAGAACUCCUCAUCGCGAUCACGUACUACAACGAAGACAAGGUUCUCACUGCUAGGACCUUGCAUGGGGUGAUGCAAAAUGUUCGGGAUAUCGUCAACCUGAAAAAGACCGAGUUUUGGAACAGGGGAGGCCCGGCGUGGCAGAAGAUCGUCGUUUGCCUCGUAUUCGACGGAAUGGACCCAUGCGACAAGAAUACACUUGAUGUUUUGGCAACCAUCGGAGUUUUCCAAGACGGCAUCAUGAAACAAGAUGUUGACGGACGAGAAACGGUCGCUCACAUCUUUGAAUAUACGACUCAACUAUCGAUUACCCCGAAACAAGAGCUCGUCCGCCCAUACAAAGACAAUUUUAUGAAUCUACCACCGGUCCAAAUGGUUUUCUGUCUCAAGAAGAAAAAUUCCAAAAAGAUCAACUCACAUCGCUGGUUGUUUAAUGCUUUCGGUCGCAUUUUGAAUCCUGAGAUCUGCAUUUUGAUCGAUGCAGGCACCAAGCCCGGACCUCGGUCCUUGCUCGCUCUUUGGCAAGCAUUUUACAAUGACAAAAAUCUCGGCGGAGCUUGUGGUGAAAUCCACGCUCUUCUUGGCCACCGAUGGAAAAAGCUUGUUAACCCAUUGGUCGCAGCCCAAAACUUCGAGUAUAAAAUUUCUAAUAUCCUCGACAAGCCUUUGGAAAGUAGCUUUGGCUAUGUCAGUGUUCUACCGGGAGCAUUUUCGGCCUAUCGGUAUAGGGCUAUUAUGGGUCGACCGCUCGAGCAGUAUUUCCAUGGUGAUCACACACUUGCUCGGCAACUCGGCAAGAAAGGUAUCGACGGUAUGAAUAUUUUCAAAAAGAAUAUGUUCCUCGCCGAGGACCGCAUUCUUUGUUUUGAGCUAGUAGCCAAGGCUGGUAGACAGUGGCGGCUCACGUACGUCAAAUCCUCGAAAGGAGAGACAGAUGUUCCUGAACAACCAGCAGAAUUUCUCAGUCAACGGCGGCGAUGGCUUAAUGGCUCUUUUGCCGCAUCACUUUAUUCAAUCAUGCAUUUCAAUCGCAUUUACCAAAGUGGACAUGGGAUACUCCGCCUUUUUGUCCUUCAUGUUCAGCUGGUUUAUAAUAUCUGCCAACUUGUCAUGACAUGGCUUUCACUCGCGUCCUACUGGUUAACUAGUUCCGUUAUUCUCGAUAUUGUGGGAACACCGAGCUCGACGAACAAAUCCAAGGGCUGGCCUUUCGGCAACGAUGUUACACCCAUUGUCAAUAAUCUGCUGAAGAUCGGAUAUCUGACAUUCCUCAUGCUUCAGUUUAUCCUGGCUCUUGGAAACCGUCCAAAGGCGUCCAAGUUUCUGUAUACCCUCUCCUUUGUCUACUUUUCACUAGUUCAAGCCUACUUACUUGUCUUGGCCUUCUACCUGGUCGCACAAGCGUUGGCUCCUGAGAAUCUGGUCUUCGACUUUGAUCACGGAUUCUCGGGACUUGUAUUGGGCUUCAUCCGCUCAACUGGUGGUAUUGUUCUUGUCGCUCUGGUCUCAACCCACGGAAUCUAUUUCCUGGCGAGUAUUCUCUAUGCAGACCCUUGGCACAUGCUCACUUCAUCUUGGGCAUAUUUCCUCGGUAUGCCCUCGUCAAUUAAUGUUCUCAUGGUAUACGCAUUUUGCAACUGGCACGAUGUCUCUUGGGGUACGAAGGGGUCCGACGCCCCGGACAAACUUCCAUCGGCGCAAACAAAGACCGAAGAAGAAACAACUUUCGUGGAGGAACUGGAGAAACCUCAGAUUGAUAUUGAUGAACAAUUUGCGGCCACUGUCAAGCGGGCUUUAACCCCGUGGCAGGAGACGAGCGAUGGCGAAGAACUGGCUCUUGACGACUCAUACAAAGCUUUCCGAACUAACUUGGUCCUCCUGUGGACUUUCAGUAAUGGACUUCUAGCACUCUAUAUCAACAACUCGAGUAUUGAUAGACUAUGUCUAACAAACGCAUCUACAACCCGGACGGCGUGGUAUUUCAAGGUCAUCUUGUGGGGUACCUCUGGUCUUUCUAUUUUCCGCUUUUUCGGUGCUCUUUACUUUCUGGCAAAGACUGGGGUCUUGUGUUGUUUCUCCAGGCGCUGA